AAAUAAAAUAAAAUAAAAUACCAACUCUGUUUCCCUAAGUCCUCACCUCACUUGCUCACAGGACAACAGUUUCAUGCAACUUUUUUUUGUUUGAACCUGCCUUGUCUUUGAUAGUGAUCUGUUGUUAGACAAUCUUGUUGCACAAUGACUCCUCUUGUUCCCGUCCCUAUUAGCUGCUGACCACACCAUAGAAGCGACAGGAAGCAGUGACUGGUUUAAGCUCCAUUUAACACUUCGAGCCCUAAGGAAGGAUUUUGCAAAAAGCAAAAGCAAAACACCACCACUUAGUCAAAGCUGCAAUCGCCUUGAGAUUUUUUUUUCUUUUAAAUGCAUUAUGGAAACAAUUAAUAGCUAAGGCACGAGCAGAGAUGAAAGGCAGUGGGUCACUUCUGCGAUUGUGAUUUUCAAUGACGCUUUAUUAUUUUUCCAGUAUGCCUUUACAAUCUAUUGCUAGUAAAAGUUGACAUUACUUACCAUGUAGUAGACACAUGAUGUGAAGGGACAGUGUCCCAGACCUACCCCCGUGCCCACUCAGGAACCAAAUAUGCCAAUGUCUACCAUCCCGGAUUCCCCACCCCCACCCUGGCAACAUUAAGCUGACAAAUAGCACCUAGGAACGGAUUCCUAUUUCCUCAUCUAAACUCAUAUCUUCUUCCCUUGCCAUCUUGCCAAACUUGUUUUCCUCCAUUUACAUUUCUGAGACAUUUCUGUAGCAAGAUAGCAAGUCUAGACAGUUGAGUCGGGAAGACCUGGAGCCAGAAGGCUCUCUUUUGUCUUUUCAGUAUAGUUCCUAAGCAAUCGCUUUGCUCAGAGGACACUGACAUCUGACUUAGUGUUUCAGUGUUUGCUAUUCAGCUCUUUUAUUCAUCAGAUCUCUGACAGGUCAGAAGUGGAAAGGUCUAGGAAAGAAAAUAGAAGUGUCCUCUAUGUUGUUGCCAUUAGCCUAGGUCCACUUGGCAGUUAGAAAACACUUGAGUCUGUGGAGAUAAUCUCAGCCCCAGAGGGGUUGUUCCCUGUGGUUGGGGGACCUGGAAUCAGAGAGUCAGUGAAUGACAGAUAUGGGGAGGGUGCAGGGAAUGGGAAUCUGCCUCUUGGUUUCUUGCAGAAGGUACCUCCCUCUAAGCAGAACUGUGAAAUAGGGAAAUAAAAUAGGAAUAAAAAGGAAAGCCUCGAAAGUCUCGUGCUUCAGGUUAUCUCUCCACCCAUGAACACUCCUGAAUGUUAUUUUUUUUUUUUUUAUGUCAGCCAUUUGGUCACUGAUUGCUGUGUUGAGAGUUAUCUGGAAAUGACUGUUUGAGACCAGCUUGGUGGGUAACCAGGAAUGAGAAAGGUGAUGUUAUCUCAGAAGGCUGCCAUUUAGUGACAUGCCCUAAUUACAGUUAUUUAGGUCAACGUGUCCACGCAUCAGCAUCCUCUCAAACGCAGAGGAUGUUGAUUGCGUGUGCCCACAAACCUGCUGAUGCUGAUGGUGACUUCGGUGCAGCAUAAGCAGUGGCUCCUAAAAGAUAAGUGGGAAACCAAGGCACUGCGCUCGCUCAGGGUAGGUCCUAGGUCAUGAUGUGCCCAGGAAGGGAGCGACCGCAAGGGACAGAACACGGUGGUAAGAAAUGGGGUCAAAAGGAAAAAUUCCCUAAAUAUUUUCAACUUCAUUUCAAUCUAGAUCAUUUCAAUAAGAGCUACAAGAGUGAUCCUCUCAAUGGCACCCCUAGAGUACAGACAUGGCUCCCCUGCUUCUAAGAGAAAGGAAGUGUAAAGAAAUGAUCCCUCAUAUUGGGAAACAACUUCAAAUUCCAGUCUCUGCCUUUCAUCUCUCUGCUCAAGGGGCUUUGGGUAGCGCCACAUCUGGUGGUGGUUUGUGUGAACGGAAAUAAUACGUGUGAUCGUUUCCUCUUUGGUCAUUUUAACCUGUCCCUGGACUGAACAGAAUUUGACCCACUUCAGUGGGUAGCAGGGUUCUGUCUACAAGUACCAGAGUCCAAAGACCUUACGGAGUCUGAAUGCUGCCCACGCCCCUGGCCCUGAGCAUGGUGUGUUCAUUUACAUAAACCCUGUUGACAGCUGGAGCAGAACUCAGGAUGUUUUUUGACAAGAGCCAGGAGUUUUUUUUUUUUUUUUUUUUUUUUCAAGAGCCAAAGUCAAGUAAUGUUGGCGUUGUCUCUACCCCCUUUUUUUUUUUUUUUUUUACUUUUGGAGACAGAUUUUCUUUUAUUACUGACUUUAAAAUCCACACAAAGUUUUAUAUGGUAUGACACCUGAAAUAGAGUUCUUUUGAUGAUGGUACUAAAGUGGAAAAUAAUUAAUCCUUGGAAUGAUCCUUUUCCAAUCUGGCAUUGACUCUCUCUGGCCCAGGCUGACUGUCCUGCCCUGCAGUUCUUUCUCUGCUGUUCAUUUUCUGCAACGGUAACCAUGGUCACGUGUCCUACAGACCAUGUGCUAGAAUCUCUUCACACAGCCAAUGCCCAGACUCUUCUAUUAUAGAGCAAGGGCUGACUCUUCCGGGACCUGUCCUAGGAGUAUCUCAUUCUGGAAGCUGUCGUUAGCUUUUAAAAUCUAGUUCCUUAAACGAAUUACAUUUUCUUCUUCCUUAGACACGUUAGAGAUGUGUGGCUAUUUAGCUUAGACCUUCUGACGUGCUCAGAUAAAACAGAGACAUGUUCAUAACAUCAUAGUUUUUGCUAAGAUAAGGAUGCACACACCAUGGCCCUUGAGCCGAGUGCAGCCAGCAAUCUGUCUGUGCACAGGACUUUUACCAUUUACCUAUUGUAUAGGUAAUGUACGUGUGUUAUAUGAACAUGUCCAUGUGAGACGUGCCUGGAGCCAGAAGUUGACUUGGGAUGUCUUUCUCAAUCACUGUCCACCUUAUUUCUUGAGACAGGGUCUCUCAUGGGCUUGCAGAUUCAGCUAGAUUGCGUGGCCAGUGAGCCUCUAGGGUCUACUGGUCCUGUUUCCCUGGUGCCGGGGAUACAGGCCUGGGCCACAGCACUGGGGAUCGACAUUCAGGUUCUCAGGCUUAUAUAGCGAGCAUGUCACUGACUGAGCCACUGCCCAGCCCAAUGUUUACAUUUUUAAAGAGCCGUAGAGUAGGAAACAUGAGUAUAGAAAGAGACAAUACAACCCACAAAUUUAAAACUAUUCACAACCAUCAUGAGCAUAAAAGUGUGCGUGUGCAAUCCCAGGACUUGAGAGGUUGGGGCUGUGUAACAGAAAGACCCUGUCUCAAAAAUAAUAAUGAUAACAGAAUAAUCAUACAUAGUAUUUUUACUCUUUGUGUUUUUUGUUUGUUUGUUUUGUUUUGUUUUGUUUUGUUUUGUUUUUAACUGGAAUAAUUUAAUGAUCUUUGAGCCUGGCUAGCAUUAUAAAGUCUUAGGCCUUGUACUUAUAGCAGCUAGGGAGUCUUCCCUCUGGAGCCGUGAUGUCUCUCUCACUAGCUACUGCUGGCUGUAGCAAACUCAAUUAUAUUUGUUCAGUGUAUCGGCACUAUUUUUAUAUCCCUCUAGUGGACUGAAAUUCUAGCUCCUCUCCCUCCCCAGAGUUUCACAUGGUAGUCUAGGAUGGCCUACAACUUACUGCAUAGCCCAGGCUAGUCUCAAAUACAUGGCAGUCCCCUUUGCCUCAGCCUCCCAAGUAUUGGCAUUAUAGGUGUGAGCCACUGUCUCCUGUUGAAGCUGUCUUUUAAAAUCAUCUUAGCAAGCUUUGAAAGCAUACUUGUCCUGGCCUCUCUAGAAUAAAAGGGAACCUUCCUAUAGAUAUAUCUUAUGUGUGUAUAAGGCAAUUAGGCAAUACUACUUUACAGCCGGGCCAGAGAGCUCUAGCCUGUGCCAUCUGAUGCCUAGAGAUGGGCUGAUCACGAAUCCACAGUCUCAGGCAGUUGCUAUUCUCCCUUUUCAGUAGAAAUAUAAUGGAAAUAUAGUAAAACAAAUUGCUCUUUAAUUUCAAAACAACAGUGGGGCUCAGGCACACUUUAAUGGAAACAAUUUUCAGACGUGAGGAACAUACAAAGCCACACACAGAACCCAGAGAAACGGAAUGUGAAAGAUAAGAACAGAGAGAAACGUAGUAAAGAAAAAAAUGACUCAGUAUUUCAAUACCCAAAUCACUGAGUAGAUUUCUUGCUAUCUGGGUGAGUGUAUCUAUUUUCAAAAGUGCUAUUAGCAUAAACAGAGCAGUAAAUCUGGGGCACCAUGCCCUCUUUUUUUUUUUUUUCAAAGUUGUUAAGAAGAAUUAUAUCAGUGUGCAGGUGUCACGCGCGGUUACUCAGAAUCAGAAAGAAGGCCGAUGGGGGUUAGGAGACCUCCAUCUAUCUAUCUUUUUGCAACCAACCACGUCCAAGCUAUUUCUUCAACACUUCCUCUUGCUAAUGAAGGUACUAGCUGGGGAUGGGUCGGGCUUUCCCAUCUCAGCAUAAGACUGCAAGAUUUGAAUGUGCCCCUGAACCGGCCUCACUGACCACAGCAGCAAGUGUGGAGGCAAGACACAUCAAAGCCGAGAUGGGAAGUGAGAGAGCUCUCGUCCUGGACAGAUUAGCAAGCAAUGUGGCUAAGCGAAAAAGCUCGAUGCCUCAGAAAUUCAUCGGUGAGAAGCGGCACUGCUUCGAUGCCAACUACAAUCCCGGCUACAUGUACGAGAAGGAGAACGAGAUGAUGCAGACCCGGAUGAUGGACCAAGCCAUCAAUAACGCCAUCAGCUAUCUAGGGGCUGAAGCCCUUCGCCCCUUAGUCCAGACUCCGCCUGCUCCCACCUCUGAGAUGGUCCCAGUCAUCAGCAGUGUGUACCCCAUAGCACUUACUCGGGCCGAUAUGCCCAAUGGGGCCCCGCAGGAGAUGGAAAAGAAACGGAUCCUCCUGCCAGAGAAGAUCUUGCCUUCUGAACGAGGUCUGUCCCCCAAUAACAGUGCCCAGGACUCCACAGACACCGACAGCAACCACGAGGAUCGCCAACAUCUCUACCAGCAAAGCCACGUGGUCCUCCCCCAGGCCCGCAAUGGGAUGCCUCUUCUGAAGGAGGUCCCUCGCUCUUUUGAACUCCUCAAGCCCCCUCCCAUCUGCCUGAGGGACUCCAUCAAAGUGAUCAACAAAGAAGGGGAGGUGAUGGAUGUGUUUCGAUGUGACCACUGCCACGUCCUCUUCCUAGAUUAUGUGAUGUUCACCAUCCACAUGGGGUGCCAUGGUUUCCGUGAUCCCUUUGAGUGUAACAUGUGUGGCUAUCGAAGCCACGAUCGCUAUGAGUUCUCCUCUCACAUCGCCAGAGGAGAGCACAGAGCCAUGUUGAAGUGAGCAUCUGUCCUCAAUGCGAGGGUCAACAUUGUUUUUUAAAGCUGAUGGUAGCCUUAUCCAGUAGACUGAACUCAAACCCACAGUCCCACCCAGUUCUGUUAGCUCUCAAUCAUGUCCACAUGAACAGUCAGGGAAAUAACUGUCUUCAUUCAGAAACUGUUUGCAGAGCUAUCAUGUUACUCUGUGAAACCUCCCUUCCCAUCAGUUGAGUUUGAUGGGAUUUAAAAGCCAAAGAAGUAUCUGGUUCAUUAUCUUUUGUAGCAAUAGACAGCCAUCUACUGGAGCUCCCGGCCAAUUGGAACAGUCCUCCGUGGGCCGCAGGAGUCAUUCACUGGAAUACAGCAGCCAUAUGUGGAAAAGCCCUUUGAUCCUAUGCCCAGAUCCACACAGCGGAAGAGCCGCCCAGCUGCCCUUGCUCUUGGGCACCAACACAAGGCAGAAGCCUUAGCGUGUAGUCCCCCUCCCUUCACGUUCUAACAGCAAGGAAGAGGUGGCCGUACAGUAAGGACCUGCUGAUAGUAAUGGAAGACCCUAUUCUUGGAGCAUCAACCCACUUCCUAUCAAACAAAACUGAAGCCACCUGAGCAAGGACCCUUCUCCUUUACCUACGGUCACAAGGGUGAACCUCAGAUGAUUUGGCCUGAGCCAGACCCUGAUCCUCCUGCCUCCGUCUGGAGGAAAAUUCUACUCCAGAAGAACUGAUGCGUUUAAAUAUUGGGUAUCAUUGAAACCGCAGAGUCAUGCACCGAGGGGUGGUAUUUGUCUCCUUUGAUUGGGAUUGGUAGAGCAAGUGGUGGGGACAUAGUUUAAGGGUACAGUGCCUGCCAGGUACAACCACCACACCAGGGGGCAAAGAGGGAAGAAAGAAAAUGGAGGGAAGAGAGGUUGGCUGAGUAGAGCGUGUAAGGUUGACUGGUUGGCAACCCUUGUCACCUUGGUGGAGUACUGGCUGAAACCCCAAAGAACAUUUGAAAAGUGAUUUUUGGCAAAGGAGCCAAAAUGUGCUGCUUAGUUCCCCACCACCUCCCACCCCACAGGCGUGAGAUCAGGGACAGAACCACAGAUGUUCUCUCAGGACGGUGUGACAUCACACUCUCCUGGGUUAGAAAUGCAUGGUUUUUAUUAUAUUACUCUAUUUUCAAAACAGGGUCUCCUGGUGCCCCGGCAAGCCUCAAACUCAUUGCUGGCUGAAGCUGCCCAGCACUCUGAGCCUCCUGCCUCAGCCUACAGAGUGCUGGGUUGAGAGGGUUAUCAGCACCGUGGUGUUGGGCUUCUGCUGUCCUAAAGAGGAGCUGCCACAUCCCACUGAGAGUCUGGGAAGGCUGAUCUUGUUCUGUAGAUAGACCAGGUAGUCACCUUUGUCACACAGGCACCAAGACAUCAAGAUUCUUGGAAAAAUGCUCCAUAAACAAGCACUGGAAUCGAGGCCACCAACCGUGCUUGCCAAGCUCAUAUUUGCAACUAAUUGGUUAACUCUAAAAGACAAAUGGCCUCAACCAUAAAAUAAGAGUAGCAUCCAAACCCUCUUGAUGGUCACUUCUGGCUUUGAUACAUGAUUAUUCAAUAGCCACAGGUUUUUUGCUUUUGUUUUUGUUUUUUUAACUUCUUGAUGUGUGGGCAUUAAGCAGACAAGUCUGCGUGUGAGAAUGUGUUUCAUAUGUCUUUGAUGUGAAAAUAUAGUUGUGUUAAGUUUUUCCUUCAGCUACUGAGUCAUGACCAUGAAGGAGGCGAUGAGGGGGGACUAAGGACAGGAAGGGUUUUGAUCAUGCAGUCGUGUAUACACGAGCUGGCAUCUGCAGCAGCCGUGUACACACGAGCUGGCAUCUACAGCUUCUUGCCGGAGCCCUUUUCUUCCUUUCCUUUUAAAAGAACUUGUGUUAGGGAAAAAUAAGUUCUGCUUACAGGGACGGCUUCAUGGAGCCUAUUUACAAAUUAAGAGCUUAGCUUUUAUGAACAUUUCUGCCAGAGCCAGGAAUCCCAAAUUCCCGGUAUGUUAGCAUUUUCCUUCUAAGGGGCUUAUGGAUUCGGCUCUUACUCAUUCAUGUAUACGAUGCCAGUAAUUAAAACAUUCCUCCUCAAACACACAAAUAGCUUAGCCUGCCUUGUAGCAUGGUGUCUGUCUCAGGGUAAGGGGGGUGGGUUAUGAGAUUCCGUGGCAACAAUUCUGUGGCAACAAUCCCGUGUCAGCUUAAGGGCUAGGUGUCUUCAGCACAUCUCUGCAUCUCAGCAGAAUCGGAUGUGAGCUGCACCACAUUGUUCAUGCCCACUGUGAAAGAGGACCUGCCUAGUCUAGGCUUGAGAUAUCUCACAUCCUGUUGUCUUGGCGGGGAGAGGGUGAGAUACAAAGAGAGGGCGUUGGGAAGCAGGGACUAGAAA